CAAAGGGAUACUGUUACUAUGGCUGCAAAGGACGCUAGCUGAUAGAUGCUGCACAAGCCAAAUCUCUUCGGACAGUAGAAGGACAUACAUCAUCAUUCAACAUGUAUCACAAAGAGAAAAGCAUUCAGAUCAAGAGCAGUGCGUCUGCACUCUACAACAACCUGAGCGUCCUGCGCAUAGCCCCUCGCUCUCUCACCUACUUCGCCGUUGUGCACGCCAACGUGGUGAACAUGGUCAGCGCAUCUUGGGAUGGCCUCAACUAUUCACAUCGCCAGCUACAGUCCAAAGAGGGCACCGUAGCCACCAGCUCCUCUCUCAUCAUGCAGGCUGCAUGGUGCGUGCUCCCCUCCCGUGAAAUCCUUGUGCUCACCUCCCAGCGAGGCAUACAGAUGUACGAGUCUGACGGCUCUAUCAUGGUGUAUUGGCAUGCCCUGGACAGUCCCGAGACACCCACGGCCCAGGCUGUGUUUGCCAGGGGGGUCGCAGCUGUCCGGGACAAUUACAUCUGUGUUGGCGUCUCCACUGGUUCUGUGCUGGUGUUUGACGUCCCCAGUAAAGGCAGCAACAUCACCCUGUCUGAGGUCCUGGAGGAACACAAGGAGGGCAUCACGGACAUGGCCUCCGAGUGCUCUGGAAGCCAGGAGUGCAUAGCUGACCUGGUCAGUGCAGACGACUCGGGCCUUCUCUGCAUCUGGAAGGCAGGAGAAGAUUUUCAGCUGCUCAAUAAGAUUCCAGGUUUUGAUAUGACCUGUUCGUCGGUGAAGCUGUGGAAAGGCACAGUAGUGGCAGGCUACGGCACGGGCCAGAUCCGUCUCUACGAGGCCGUGACGGGCAUCCUCCACGCCGAGGUCAGCGCUCACGCCCGCUGGAUAUACUCCCUGGACAUCGCCCCCUUCAGCGGCCUGCUUCUCUCGGCAGCUGAGGACUCUAUGGUCAGAGUGUGGCACCUGACUAUGACCCCAGAGACCAACAGCGUGGAGAUUGACCACAUGUACAACGAGUGUGUGACGGACACCAUGAUCUGCGGGGCCAAAUUCUGUGACGGGGACGGCUACGCAUUUGCUGUCACCGGCUACGAUCUGACGGAGAUCGUACGCUACACACAGGGAUAGAGAGAGGCGAUGGCGGACAAAGGUUUCUAUGCGUCUCUGUCUCAUGAACUCUCGAACACACAUUCACACAUACACUCUGAUAUACAGCCCCUACCCAAUGCACAGACACAGUAAAACAGCUACAUCUAGAUACACAUACACACACACACACACACACACACACACACACACACACACACACACACACACACACACACACACACACACACACACACACACACACACACUCGCCUAACCCGGGCAACCACACACAUGUCUUUGAGGCCUCUAUCUGUUUAGGUGCCUGGGCAGGCCAUGCACAAAUAAUGGGUUGUGGUCAAGGAUGAUCGUGUGAAACGUAUUCCCACGUUCUCAUACAAUGGACAAGGAGCACCUGACAAUCUGACACUGAAUGUCAUCUGUGGGUCAUGCGGUUCAUGUACUCCGCUGUACCCUAGAUGCCUUCGAUGCGGACAAAUCUGUUGUUGCUGCUCUCGUCUUUCUCGCAGCGACAGGAAUUACAUGUACAAGUUGGAUUUUCACUUUUUUCACAUGAGGGACUGCAAUUAGUGAACCCUGUUACAAUUUUAACACAGAUGUAUGACGUUCACCAAGCACCAGGGAUACCCAGCCGUAGCCUCUUCAUGCUGAUAGGCCUAUCAAUGGGCCUAUCCAGUCUUUACUGAAAGAAAACGCAGUUAUCAUCAUAAAAACAUUGCCAUACGGAUGACUUAUUAGAUCACAACAGGGUCAUUACCAUUUUUUGCGGCAGUGAUGUCAUAGCAGAGGCUCUGUGUGAAGGGGUAAUAGUAAAACUGAUCAAUGGUAGUUUAUGGUCACUCUGAUGUGAUGGUCCAGUCUGCUUGUGCGAACUCUCACAUCAUUGCUCUUGUGAGAGUGUUGUAGGUGACAGGUGGAUGUUUAUUUGUGUGUCUCUCUCGUGGUGCUCUGCUAGUUGUGAGGGAGAAAAACUUCAGCGUCCGUGUAGAAUAUGUUCAUGGAAUACGACAGGAAAAGGGAAGUUUGGAAUAUACUGCUCUGUAUGUAAUAUAAAAUGUCAGAGGAUUU